GCUUGUCCACGUUUUCCCUUGGUGUGCAAAAUUUCACUGAGCAACAUUCGUCCUUGUCGGUUGGUGGACAACUUUUAAUAGCUUUUUGUCUGUUCAUUUCACCUUGGAGAGAGUCCAAAUCUUCCUUGCAUGCUCGCAUCCAAUUUUUUUGGAUAGAACCCAGUAGAAAUGGUGUGUUCACUAAGGGGAGUGUUGAAUGAAACCCACCCAGAGCUGCCCAUCACUACAUUAUCUUCUGCUCUUCACUAAGGGGAGUGUCGAAUGAAACCUAUCUAGAUCUGUCCUUCACUACAUUAUCUUCUGCUUUGCUCAACAGUCGAGUGCAUAGUUGGAUGAGCUGUAAUGUGACAAUUUGAAAGGUGAUGCAAGGUGGGCAGCCAAAAAGGUUUGUUUCAGCUAAAAAAGGGACAAAGGACACAAUGGGUUUGAAAGGGAAGCUCAAAGGGUGUAGAAAACUGAAAGAAUAACGGGUUUUAAUGUUGCCCUGAGGUGGCCUAAUAAAGGCAGGAGCUUUCAUUAGUAUCUGGACUGGAGCAAGUUCAGCUCUUGUGCUUCACAUGGUUCCUCAAAUUAGUGUCGGUUUAGUUUUACCCAAUUCGUGGAAGAUUGGUUCUGGUUAGCUCCACAACUGCUACACAUUGAAGAGCAAUAAUGAGUAAGGAGAUCUGUUGCAAAUUCAUUGUGAUGAUUGAAGCAUAGUUACCAUGGAUCUUGAUUAUGGGAGGUGUUGGGAUACUUCAAGGAAGGAUUCUUGGAAGACACUGUUACUUUUAGCUUAUCAAAGCCUUGGAGUAGUGUAUGGGGACCUGAGCAUUUCCCCACUUUAUGUUUACAAGAGCACAUUUGCAGAAGAUAUUGAACAUUCGGAGACAAAUGAAGAGAUAUUUGGUGUUUUAUCAUUUGUCUUCUGGACCCUAACUUUAGUUCCCUUAUUUAAGUAUGUUUUCGUUGUCCUUCGAGCAGAUGAUAAUGGAGAGGGUGGUACUUUUGCACUGUACUCGUUGAUAUGCAGGCAUGCCAAAGUAAGUCUUCUGCCCAACAGACAAGUUUCUGAUGAAGCACUCUCAACAUAUAAACUAGAGCACCCUCCAGAGAAGAAGAGCAGCUCAAAGGUGAAAAUGUACCUUGAGAAGCAUAAGUUUUUGCACACUGCUUUACUAAUCUUGGUUCUUCUUGGCACGUGUAUGGUGAUCGGUGAUGGGCUUCUUACCCCAGCUAUUUCUGUAUUCUCCGCUGUGUCCGGACUUGAGUUUUCCAUGUCUAAGGAGCAUCACCAAUAUGCAGUGGUUCCAAUUACUUGCUUCAUAAUAGUGUGUCUCUUUGCAUUACAACAUUAUGGCACUCAUCGGGUGGGAUUUCUCUUUGCACCAAUUGUGGUUAUAUGGCUACUGUGUAUCAGUGCUCUUGGCUUAUAUAACAUAAUACAUUGGAACCCACGUGUCUAUCAAGCUCUCUCUCCAUAUUACAUGUUCAAGUUCUUGAAGAAGACACGGAAAGGAGGGUGGAUGUCUUUGGGUGGAAUACUAUUGUGCAUAACAGGCUCGGAGGCAAUGUUUGCUGAUCUUGGUCACUUCUCAUACGCUGCAAUUCAGAUUGCCUUCACCUUUCUGGUUUAUCCCGCGCUGAUAUUGGCAUAUAUGGGACAAGCUGCUUACUUGUCACAGCAUCACCCCACCAGUUAUCAAAUCGGAUUUUAUAUCUCAGUACCAGACAGUGUGAGAUGGCCAGUGCUAAUAAUAGCCAUUCUUGCUUCUGUUGUGGGUAGCCAAGCCAUCAUCAGUGGUACAUUCUCUAUCAUUAACCAGAGCCAAUCACUCAGCUGCUUUCCAAGAGUGAAGGUCAUUCAUACCUCAGACAAGAUACACGGCCAGAUAUACAUCCCUGAGAUCAAUUGGUUGCUCAUGAUCUUCUGCCUUGCGGUGACCAUUGGAUUUAGAGACACGAAGCACUUGGGAAAUGCAUCUGGAUUAGCCGUAAUGACAGUGAUGCUAGUUACUACAUGUCUAACAUCUCUUGUUAUCAUCCUCUGUUGGCACAAGCCCCCUAUUGUGGCUCUGUGCUUCCUGUUUUUCUUUGGCUCCAUUGAAUUGCUUUACUUCUCAGCUUCUCUUACCAAGUUCACAGAAGGCGCAUGGCUCCCAAUCCUCUUAGCUCUGUUCCUCAUGACCAUCAUGUUUGUUUGGCACUACGCCACCAUAAAAAAGUACGAAUUUGAUCUUCACAACAAGGUAUCACUAGAAUGGCUUUUGGCUUUGGGUCCGAGCUUGGGAAUCGCUAGAGUUCCUGGCAUUGGGCUGGUUUUCACUGAGCUUACCUCUGGCAUCCCUGCCAACUUUUCUCGCUUUGUGACCAACCUACCUGCCUUCCAUAGGAUCCUUGUCUUUGUGUGUGUGAAAUCUGUACCUGUACCCUACAUACCCCAAGAGGAGCGAUAUCUUGUUGGUCGUGUUGGUCCCGCUGCUCAUCGGUCCUACAGAUGCAUUGUUCGAUAUGGAUACCGCGACGUACACCAGGAUAUUAAUUCUUUUGAGUCUGAACUUGUAGAUAAGCUGGCUGACUUCAUCCGCUAUGAUUGGUAUAGAACAAGCAGACGAAAUUCAUGCACUGAUGAUGAUGCACCGCGAUCGAAUGCAUCAUCAAAUGAGUGUAGAUUGGCAGUUAUAGGAACAAUUGCAUUCUCCGGCGCACCAGCUUUUGAGUUGGAAGACAGUGUGCAGCCAGCCAGUGUAUCCGGUGGGUUCCCAAGCAUGGAAAGUGUAACAGAUGUUAUAGAAAUGGAAGCUGUUAGGUUAGAAAAACGAGUGAGGUUUGCCAUUGACGAUGAGUCUGAAACCGACUCACAGAAUGAAGUGGACUUGCAAGUGCGAGAAGAGCUGCGAGAUCUCUUGGCGGCUCGAGAAGCCGGUACUGCAUUUAUACUUGGACAUUCACAUGUUUGUGCAAAACAAGGAUCAUCUUUUCUGAAGAGACUGGCUCUCAAUUUUGGGUUCAACUUCCUUGGAAGGAAUUGCAGGGGACCAGAUGUUGCACUCAAGGUGCCUCCAGGGUCACUGCUAGAGGUUGGCAUGGUUUAUGUAGUAUGAGCAUGAAAUUAUAUUUAGUUUUCUUUGCUCAAAACUCUCUCUCUCUCUCUCUCUAUAUAUAUAUAUAUAUAUAAUUCUAAGUAGCUUUAUCGAUAUCAGAAGCAAAUUACGCAAAGCUUCUAAUUCUACGAAUAGAGAUAAAUCUCAUGUUAAUUUGCCUGUGACUUGUUUCAUAGCUUUAAUUUGAGACGCAUAUCCUAUUCUCGAGA